GCAACGCUGCCCUCUAGUCAUUAUGGCGGCCGUCGAAGUAAAUAAUCGCAUGUGUCAAUUUGGUAUUUAGACUUUAGACGAGAUGGACUCCAGAGCAAAAACCAUAGCUUUGUGGGCUGGCCUUGGCCUUGGUGUAACUGUAUCUACUGCGCUGUUGUAUCUUUUAUUGAAGCAGGAGGAAGAGUACGAAGUGAGGCGGAAGAAGGUCGAAACCGUGAAACAUAACGUUGCUAAAGUGAAAGUCCCAAAGGAAGUCAUAGGAGCUCUUAUAGGCAGGCAAGGCGCGAAUAUAAAAGCUAUCCAGGAGAAAACUAACACCAAGAUCAACUUUGAACAUCAAGGUUCCGGUGAAGAAGGCGACCGUAUAGCAAUCAUUCGGGGUACAUCCAUCGACGUUCAAGAGGCUGAGAAUCUCAUUGCCGAAUUCAUCAAGGACCAGUCCAACGUUACUACUGAGACUGUGUUUGUUCCAGUGAAAGCUUGUGGCCGUAUCAUUGGCAAAAAUGGAGAGAACAUUAGGCACAUGUGUCGCACAUCUAGAGCCCAAAUUAAGGUGGAUAGGUCCGGGGACGAACAUGAUCCAAAUAGCCUUAAGUGCGUCCACAUUUCUGGCACCAAAGAUCAGAUCCGAGUGGCCAUUACCAUGAUAGACGAGAAGCUGGCUGAAGAAGAGGCUUUCCAACAGCGAGUAGCCCUUUCCUCUGCAGGGCGUGCAGCACUCUACCGCGGACGGCCCAUGGCAAUAAAAGCCGCUUCUACGGAGGCCAAGGAUGGCAGCCAGCAGCAGUACCCACAAGAAGAACUCACGGCCACAGCUAAGGACGGCUUCAUUGAGGUCUAUGUCUCUGCGCUGGAGUCACCACACCGCUUCUGGGUCCAGCUAGUGGGCACAAAGUCCAUCGCCCUCGACAAGCUCGUCACCGACAUGACCACGUGCUAUUCGCAAGAGCAGCAGCGUGACGCCACCUCCAUCGCCAAGGCAGCCGUGGGAGACAUUAUUGCUGCACGCUUCAUGCAAGACGAUUCCUGGUACCGAGCACGGAUCACUGCCGUAAAUGAGAGCGACUACUCUGCUGACGAGACUCAGGUCGCCGUACAUUACGUCGACUUUGGCGAGACGGGUACAUUCAAGCUGAAAGAAGUGUGCAAGCUUUUGGAGGAGUACCAUGAACUUCCCUACCAAGCCAUCGAAUGUUGCCUGAGUGGAGUCGAACUGAAAGAAGGGAACAGAUGGACAGCGGAGGCAUGUGAUCUCUUCGAAUCUCUCUCGUAUGCUGGUCUCUGGAAAGUGGUGAUGGCAAAACCUGUUGGGAGAGUGAAACGGGAAGAGAGUGCACCGGGCUUUGCGUACCUCGUGGAACUUGUGGACACUAAUGGGUCGGAGGACAUCAACGUUGGGAAAGAACUUGUCAAGCAGGGAUUUGCCCUGCACAAGACAUAGGUCAUAAAAGCGUUUUUUUUAGUCGCUGCGGUUUGAAGACUGCUAGAUAAUUCAUGCUGUAUGUGUGGAAACUGGUGGACUGUGUGCGUGUGUGUGUGUACAUGCAAUAAGGGUCUAGGUACUCCUGUAUGCAAUAAAGCUUGCAAAUGCCUUGUAGAAACUGUGGCAGGGCAGCGAAUAGCAUGGCACUAAAGGAGCAGUGAAGUGACAGUUUUCGCUGUUGUGCAACAACUAACAUGAGCUCUUAGAGGGGCACUAAGGUGAAAAAAUAUCUUCUUGGAGAAUUAAAUAUGCUGUUACCUUGA